AUGAGAUGCAUUGCCCAUAUCCUUAACUUGGUUGUUCAAGAUGGCUUGAAGGAGUGUGAUUCUUCUGUUAAAGUUGUUCAAGAUGGCUUGAAGGAGUGUGAUUCUUCUGUUAAAAAGGUGAGGGAGGUUGUCAGAUAUGUUAGGAAUUCACCUGCUAGGCUAAAGAAGUUCAGGGAUUUGGUUAGGAAUUCACCUGCUAGGCUAAAGAAGUUCAGGGAUUUGGCUGAUUUGUUAGGAAUUGAGCAAAGGUCUUCUUUGUGUCUAGAUGUUCCAACCAGAUGGAACUCUACUUCUUCUUUGUGUCUAGAUGUUCCAACCAGAUGGAACUCUACUUAUUUGAUGUUACAAUCUGCUUUGACUUAUCAAAAAUCUACUUAUUUGAUGUUACAAUCUGCUUUGACUUAUCAAAAAGUCUUUUAUUUGAUGUUACAAUCUGCUUUGACUUAUCAAAAAGUCUUUGAAUCUUGUGAAGAGUCUGAUAUGACUUAUCAAAAAGUCUUUGAAUCUUGUGAAGAGUCUGAUAGUUCUUAUCAAAAAGUCUUUGAAUCUUGUGAAGAGUCUGAUAGUUCUUCCAAAUCUGACUUGGGUGAUUCUGUGCCUGAAUUUAUGGAUUGGGAAUCUGUUGGCAGUUUGGUGCAGCUGUUGAAAUGUUUUUAUGAUAUGACAGUUAGGAUUUAUGGAUCUUUAUAUGUGACUGCUAACACAUUUUUCAGUGAGAUUUCUGAUUUGUACUGCCUAUUAAAUGGAAUGGUGGAAGCUGGUGGGGCAGUGGGCCUUAUGGGGGAAAACAUGAAAUUAAAAUUUUCAAAGUAUUGGGGUGAUAUAGACAAGAUGAAUCUUAUGAUUUUCUAUGCAAGCAUUCUAGACCCCAGGGAUAAAUUAGAGUAUAUGUCUGUUCAAAUCAAUCAUAUGUAUGGUGAGGAGAAAAGAAAACCAUACUUUGCUAAAGUUCUUACUGGUUUUAAUGAGUUAUUUGAUGAUUAUUCUGCUGGCCAAUCUGUUCCUGCUUCUUCUGUGUCUGCAUCUGCUGGUAGUGCUAGUUCUGUAUCUGCCUCUGUCCAGUCUAUUGGAAGGCCACGACAUUUCCUCAAGUCCCAGAUUAAAAAACAAAGGUUGGAAGCAGGGGGGAAAAAAACUGAACUGGAUAUCUACUUGAGUGAGGCAAUAGUUGAGGAGGAUAACUCCUUUGACAUUCUGAGAUGGUGGAAGAUUAGUUCUGAAAGGUUUCCCAUCCUUUCUAAGCUUGCUAGGGAUGUCCUAGCUAUUCCUAUCUCAACUGUUGCCUCUGAAUCUGCUUUCAGUACAUCUGGGAGAGUAUUGGAUCCUUUUAGGAGUUCAUUAACUCCAAAAAUUGUGGAAGCUUUGGUGUGUACCCAGGAUUGGCUUAGGCAGCCAAAUACUCCCCUAUGUAUUGAGGAAAAUCUGGAAGACUUGGAGAGGUUUGAAAAAGAGUUUAAUGUUGAUCGUGGGAGUGGAAGGACUCUUGGUUCUACACUGGCUACAAUUCCUGAAGAGGAGUAG